CGCAGAUUCGUAGCCGUUCAAGAUGGCGGAGUAUCUUGCGUCCAUUUUUGGUACAGAAAAAGACAAGGUCAAUUGUUCAUUUUAUUUCAAAAUUGGAGCUUGUCGUCAUGGAGAUCGGUGCUCUAGAUUGCACAAUAAACCAACUUUCAGUCAGACUAUUGUCCUCAUGAACAUAUACCGUAACCCUCAAAACUCUGCCCAGUCUGCUGAUGGUUUACACUGUGCUGUUAGUGAUGUGGAAAUGCAGGAGCAUUAUGACGAGUUUUUUGAGGAAGUCUUUACAGAAAUGGAGGAGAAGUACGGAGAGGUCGAGGAGAUGAAUGUGUGUGAUAACCUUGGUGAUCAUUUGGUUGGAAAUGUUUAUGUGAAGUUUCGGCGGGAAGAGGAUGCUGAAAAGGCUGUAUUGGACUUGAAUAAUCGCUGGUUUAAUGGCCAGCCGAUACAUUCAGAACUUUCCCCAGUAACAGACUUCAGAGAAGCCUGCUGCAGACAAUAUGAAAUGGGGGAGUGCACUAGAGGUGGUUUCUGUAAUUUCAUGCACUUGAAACCCAUUUCUCGAGAACUCAGGAGAGAUCUUUAUGGACGUCGUAGGAAAAGACCUAGUUCUCAGUCAGGUUCUCGUGAAAAACGUUCGCGUUCAAGGGAUCGUAACCGUGGAGGUCGUGAACGGGAGAGGAGGAGAUCAAGAGAUCGGGAACGUUCUGGAAGAUUUUGAGCCAUGACACAGUUUUGAUGCCUUUGUUUUAUUGCUUGGUGUUUUAUUGCAAUCAGUGACCAGCAUUUGUUUGAAACAUCAGAUGUCAUCUUGUCACGUGCUUGAAGUCCUUUUGUUUGUCCCUUUGUGUUUCUUUACUUUUUUUUUUUUUUAAGUGUACAAUUAAAAAGUUUCUCAAUAAAAGUGCAUUUUUAUUAA